CGACUCAUAGCGACCCUAUAGGACAGAGUAGAACUGCCGCAUGAAGUUUCCAAGGAGCAGCUUGUGGAUUUGAACUGCCGAACUUUUGGUUAGCAGCUGAGUUCUUAACCACCGUGCUAUCAGGACUCCUUGGAACUUAGAGAUGGGAACGAAGAGAGGAUAAAAAACCAAAAAAUAAAUAAAUAAACCGAACCCAUUGCUGUCAAGUCAUUUCUGACUCAUAGCAACCCUAUAGGAUUUCCAAGGCUGUAAAUCUUUAUGGAAGCAGACUGCCACAUUUUCUCCUGUGGAACUGCUGGUCGCUUCAAACUGCCGACCUUUCCAUUAGCCCUCGAUCACUUUACCCGCUGUGCCACCGGGGCUCCUAAAGGGAGGGUGGUGUAGGAUAAUUCCCAGGUUACUGGUUUAAAAACUGAAAGGAUGAUAAUGCCAUCAAUAUAGGAAAUACAGGAGUAAUGACAGAUUUAAGUUAAGGACUUCUAGUCAUGUUUGCUUUGAGAUGUGAGUACAGAUACACUGUAUGCAGUUGGAUAUUGAAUAUAUAUGUCUGGAGUUUGUGAGAAAGGUCUAGGCUAUCACUCAUUGAGUAGCUGGAACAUAGUUAAGUAUUGCAUUAAGAAUUUUACAUAAGUUCUCAGUCUUUGGGAAGCUUCAGCGUAGGUGGUAGUUAAAGCAGUUUUUUGAAUUAGGUCACCUUGGAAGGAGAGGAUUGAAGAAGGAAAAGUCCUGAGGACAAGCCUUUGGAAACUUUGGUAUUUAGGACGUGAACAGAGGAUGAAGCAAUUACAAAGGAGACUGAGGAGAAAAAAUGGCAGGAGAACUGUGUGUUAGCUAAGGAAAGUGUGGUCAGUAUCUUCAUAUGCUUUAGAGGGGUCAAGUAAAGAACCUAUUGGAUUUGAUAGUAUAGAAACUAUCAGGGACUUUUUUGAAAACUUUCGGUGGAGUACAAGAGUAGAAUCCAAAGUGCAAAGGAGAUGAAGUAGGUGAUGGUAAAUCUAUAUUAUUUUUUCAAGAAGCUUAGCUGAGAAGGAUAAAGGAAAGUGAUAUUUGAAAUUUCUGGCUGACUAAUAUUGAGAAACGAUAUCCCAAGGAUAAGUGAAAAGUUAUAGCCUGCGCCUCUGAUGAAGCAUACUAUAUUAUUGACACUUUUUCCUGCUCGGGAGUGGUUUUCAUUUUCUGUCCUGCGCUUAAGGAUUGCUUGGACAACCUAAUUUUGCGUGGUUCAGUAACGAUUCCAAGCAGCUAAAAUUGGAUGAAAUUAAAACAGACUUCAAGAUGAACUUAGAGUUUUUCAAAAACAGGAUUCAUGGUUGUUUAUAAGCAGUAAUUUUUCCCCUAAAGGAAAAUUAAAAAUCGACCCUGUUGAGAUUUCUUGGUCUUAGCCAUCAGGCCAGUGACGAUUUUAGAUUUGGGAACAUAACCUCAUUAUGGCCUGUUGAGAAGAAUCAUAGAAGCAUACAUUUCUGUGUUGACAUGUUGUACAGCACUAUCCUCUAUUUUGUAGAUUCCAUAGCACUUACCUGUUCCACGGCAAUAACUCUCAUCUACUUUGAGAAAAUUUAGUCCUGCUUUCUGGGGUGUGGAAGUAGGCUACCUCUCUUUUUGCAUAAGAUGAAAAGCAGGCUCCUUAAUUUUCUUAAUAGAAGGUUUUUCUUUUUUUUUCUGUCUGCUAUUACUUUAAAGUACACCGCACUUUGCACUUCAGUCCCUUAAUUAAGUUUAUUUUUUAAAAAUUUUAGUGUGUUGUAGGGGAAAGUUUAUGCAGCAAAUUAGGUUCCCAUUUAACACUUUUUAUGCAUAUUGUUUCAUGUCAUUGGUUAACGGUUUUCACAAUGUGUUAACAUUUUAAUUGUUUCCAUUCUGUUUGUUCUGUUUCUAGAUUCCCUUCCCCUUCUGGCUUUCUCAUUUUUGCUUUUGGGUAAAUGUUGAUUGGUCUCGUGUUUAAGGGAGCAUGUUACUGAUUGGUGAUACUGUUUAUUUUAUAAGCCAAUCUAUUAUUGGCUGAAAGGUGACCUCCAGAAAUAGCUUCAGUUCCAUUAACUCAGUUUUCAAAGUUUAAAUGGACUGCAAACUGUUAUUCACCAAAAUCAUACUAUCAUGCUUGAAACAAAUGAUGUUUGAGAAAUCUCCAUGAUGUUUAAUUUUCUAUUCUUAGGUCUUCUAAGUUCACUCCCUACAUUGAAUUAGAUCACUGGAAAAAACAGCUUAUGUGAAUUCUGUAAACUCCCUAGUGUUAUAUUGAUGUUUCAAGUAUAAGAAAUGCUCUUUGAAUACAUAAUUUUAUAUUCUGCAAAAACACAGUGAAGACCUUAUCUGUUAUGUUAUUCUCUAUUUUCUAUUGUAUAGCACACUUGCACGCAACAGGCAUUACUGAAAUGUAAUUGAAGUAGAAUUAGUGCCAGGAAAGAGCUGGGCUCUCCAGCUGAACUUGCAUACUUUUGUUCACAUGAAAACUUUGUAACUCAUCAUGGCUAUUCUCUUUGCUCUGCUUUUCAAAAAGUUCCUAAUUUAGGGUUUAGUGAAAUUCUAAAUACGUUUUGAUUUCUCUUUUUUUUUAAAUCUGUCUUAAAUGUCAUUUUGUAUGUAUGUAACAAUGUUGAAAGCUAACCCCAAAUUCUUUUUAGAUGCAUGAGGAAAGUAUAAAAUUAAUAUUUAAAAAAUUAAAAAAUUCAAUUCACAAAGCAAGUACAUGUAUCUUAUUUUACUUAAACGCAUUUAUAUGUAAUUAUUUUAUCAUGGGUGUAAGAAGAAAUUAAAGCAUUAAAGUUUAAAAAAAAAUUCGUUACUUUUAGGAAGUAGUAUUAUGCUACAAAAGCCUUGCAGCAAAAUAUAAUUUCUGUCAACGUGUUACUGAUUUCCCGUUAGCAAAGAUUAUGCAGUCUCAAUUUUGGGGGGUAUGUGUUCAAAAACCUUAUAUUGCCAAGUUUCCAUACCCAAAUAUUCAGUGACUUGGAUUAGGUUUCUUAACUUUGUAUUGUCCCCUCUUCCUCCCUGCAAAGAAACGUUUUAGACAUCUUUUCCUAAUUGCCCCUCACAUGAAAUUUUAAUGCCACAAAUAUCCGUGCUACAUAAAGAUGAGGACUUUUUUGACGGCCACAAACUGAUAUCAUCCCCUUGAGGGUGAUAUGACCCUGUUGAGAGUGCAUGAAUGUUAGGUCCGUUAAGUUUAUGAAAUAAAUUUAUAAUUUAACAGUUGACUUCGUGACUUUUUUCCUCCAUUAGGGUGAUGUUUUACAUAUAUUGGAUAGUUAAUUUAAGGUCAAGUUUCUCAAGAUCAGAUCUGUUAGAUAAUUUUCUUGCCUCAAUACCCAAUCAGUAUUUUCAUAUGAAUGAACACUUUCCUUGAUUCCACUUCGUGUGAAUUUCUACCUUUUGUUGUUGCAGACUGGCUAAUAGUUGUUUGUUUAGAUAAUACUUACUUGGUUUUUCUGAUGUUUUUCUCAUGAUUAGACUGGGAUUAUGGGGUGGCUAUAAGUAGAAGUCUAUCCAACAGCAACUACAACCCCGGGGUUGAAAUUCCCUUCUCGUGACAUUAUGUGUGUGUAUGGCGGGGGCGAGGCUAUCAAUAUGACUUAUCACUGGUGAUGUUAACCUUGAUCAGGUUUGCCAGACUUCUCCAUUGUAAAGCGACUGUUUUUCCUUUUCCACACUUUUCUUUGAAAGUGGUUCUCACUAAUCCAGCUCACACUCAGGAGGUGGAAUUAAGCCUCACCUCCUGGAACAGGGAGUAACUACAUAUUAUUAUUUUUAAUUCUUCUGUGAGGAAGAUUUGUCACUUCUUCCCUUUUUUUUAUUCAAUCAUUUAUAUCAGUAUGGAUUCUUGUAUAUUUUAUACUUUAGGUUAUAAUUACAUUAUUUUCUUGCUCACAUUAUUUCAGCUUUGGCUACUGGGAGCUCUUACGGGUUGUCUCCUGUGGUGAAAUGAGUUCCUUUAUGUGGCCUUUUGCCUUGGUUCUUUGGAGAAACAGCUUUAGAGAUCUUCCCCCUAAGCCCUGAGGAGUUACCUUUGCCCUAGUUUUCUGCCCUAGAGGGUCUAUUACUUUUGCUAGGUUGAUUGAAUUUCCUGGGUAAGCUGUAAACAACUUGGUUUAAUACAUUUUGUCUGGCCCUGGGCUACAGCCUGCCCUGUAUAUACACCUUGCAGUGAUUGGUCAGUAUACUAUGCAAAUGAAGUGACUGUAGCCUACUAUGCAAAUGAAGUAUCUGUGGCCUACCAAGAGGGGUUUGGUCUGUUUGUGGCUGCGCCGGAAGAGGCCGUGCCUUGAAAUUGGCAAGGAGUUGUAUAUUUAAGCAGUCAGCCCCACAGAGGUUUUUGAGACAGAAGCAGAAGGAAGAGAGAAGCAGCAGGGAGAGGAGGCAAGGAACUUCCCAGAAGAACUGUAACAGGGGUCAAGGGAUAUAACAUUGAAGACAGCAAGAGGCUCAGAAGAGGCCCAGUGGCAGAGCCAGCAGCAACAGGCUUGGGAGAGAGCCGGUAGCAAUGGGCAUGGAAGGGGCCCAGCGGCACAGCUGGCAGCGACAGACAGCAGGGCCAAGAAGAGCCUAUUCUCAGGGACCAAGAGGAGCCUGUCCUGAGGGGGCCAAGGGGAGGACUGCACUGCUGAGAGAGUUAUCCUACACUGAAGAAGGGACACUCUGUGUGCUUCCUGAUGACGAUCCUGAUUUGUAACCUUUUAAUCCUGGUCCUGAGUUGUACCCUGUUACUUCGUUAAUAAACCACUUAACUGUUAAGUCCAAUUCGUGAGUUCUGUGAGACAUUGCAAGGAAUUACCAAACCCAAACGAGGGAAGGAGAAUGGCCAGUGUCAGAGAUGGAGUGGUGCAGCAGCUUGGAGAAUGUAGAAAUCUGGGAUAUAGUUGACCUCCGCCUCAUAGGGAUUGACUUUGUGCUGAUUCUUGGAUUUGAAGUUGUUUGUGUAGCUCCAGUGUCCCUUUGACAUGUUCCCAUUUUUUUGUAGUAUAAGCAUUUCCUUACUUUCUGACACUACAAGAUAUUCUAGGCUCAUCUGGUAUCUUCCCUGACCUAACCUUUUCUUUAUUUUUAUCAGUGCAGACAUUUGCUUUUUGUUUGGGCACAAUACACUGUUUACUAACAGCGACCUUUCUAUUAGCUUUCUACACGUGUUUCGUUAGGGAUAAAACUAUAGGUUCUUAGCUUAUUUUUGUUACAGCUUAUUGGAGUUCAUCUAUGGAGAUCUCUUUGGAAUCUAGUCUCUAUCUUACUUGCUAAUCCUUUCAGUUUCGUGUGCUGUGCAGUUCUGAUAAAUCUGCCUCACGUAUCUUCAUUCAGACCUUUGACGGACAUGGUUCCUUGGACUUUCUCUUGCUUUCUGGUUCCCUCUUGCUACUUUGCUGUCUUUGAGAUUGCUAGGACUUGGAAGAUUAUUUCAUUUUAGCCAUUUCACUGGGUGGUGGAGGCUUUGAUAUAAAAACAAAUUAUCUUAAAUUGAAGGCAGUCAACCUUAGUAGCAAUAAGUUGUUAACAUUUGUAACUUGUUAGAGUUUACAGUGCAUUGAAGAGCAGUGAGUUAUGGUCAGUGAUUCACACAUACACAUGCACAUUCAUGUAUGUAUACUUUCUAAUCAAGAGAAAUUCCUUUUCUGUAUGGAUUUUUGUUAUUGGUACAGGUUGGUAUUUAUGUAUUUUUUUAUUUCCAGGAUUUCUGGAACAUAGCCUUUGGGAAUGUGAAAGGUUUCCUGACCUUUUGUCUGGAUCCAGUACAUCACUAGAACACUCCAAAAUCUGUACUUUGAAAACAUGUUGAUAAUUCUGUCCAUCAGCACUACAUAGUUUUAAACCUCCUUUGUAGCACAACUGUAUAUUGCCUUAUGGUAUUUAUUACCAACAAAGUGCUUUCAUUUCAUUUCUUUAUAUUUUUCAUGUGUCAAAGAUAAGAUUUUUAAGAGUAGGCACAGAUCUGAGUUUAGUCAGUCCUUGUUACGCUAGUCAGCAGAACGUUCUGGCUGUGGUGGAGGGACAUUUUUUAAGUUGAAGAUCAGGGCCCACUGGUAGGAAGUGUACCUAUUCAUCACACAGACUAGGCCUGAGAUUUUUUAAAAUUUUUCUUUAGUCUUUAGCUGUCUUCCUUUCUGAAUAUAGGUACAGAAUGAGCACAUGUUGUUGGUGUACACCAGGUGGUGGUUCCACCAUUGACUUCCUAAAGCGCUAUGCAGCCAGGACCAACACCAGUGAAUUUCAAACAGCUGAUGAAGACCUCUGCUACUGCUUGGAGUGUGUGGCUGAAUACCAUAAAGCAAGAGAUGAAUUGCCAUUCUUGCAUGAGGUUUUGUGGGAAUUAGAAACUCUACGUCUCAUAAAUCACUUUGAAAAAUCUAUGAAAGCAGAAAUUGGAGAUGAUGAUGAAUUAUAUAUAGUAGACAACAACGGAGAAACACAUUUGUUUGACUUUACUGGCCAAGACUUUGAAAAUAAGCUUCGAGUUCCUCUUCUUGAAAUACUGAAAUAUCCUUACUUACUUCUGCAUGAGCGAGUUAACGAAUUAUGUGUUGAAGCACUUUGUCGGAUGGAACAAGCCAAUUGCUCCUUUCAAGUUUUUGACAAACAUCCAGGGAUCUAUUUGUUUUUGGUUCAUCCCAAUGAAAUGGUUCGGCGUUGGGCGAUCCUGACUGCAAGAAACUUGGGAAAAGUGGACAGAGAUGAUUAUUAUGACUUACAGGAGGUUUUAACUUGCCUUUUUAAAGUCAUUGAGUUGGGGCUUUUAGAAAGUCCAGACAUUUAUACUUCUUCUGUUCUGGAGAAGGGUAAAUUGAUUCUUCUACCAUCACACAUGUAUGAUACUACUAACUACAAAAAUUACUGGCUAGGUAUUUGCAUGUUGCUGACCAUUCUUGAAGAACAAGCCAUGGAUUCUCUGCUGUUGGGCUCAGACAAACAAAAUGAUUUUAUGCAAUCAAUACUUCACACCAUGGAGAGGCAAUCAGAUGAUGAUAGUGUGGACCCUUUCUGGCCAGCAUUACACUGUUUCAUGGUGAUUCUGGAUCGCCUUGGAUCUAAGGUCUGGGGUCAACUUAUUGAUCCUAUUGAAGCAUUUCAGACCAUUAUCAACAAUGUGAGCUACAACAGAGAGAUCCAAAAUAUACGGAACAGCUCUGUAAGGACCAAGUUAGAACCGGAGUCAUAUUUGGACGAUAUGGUGACUUGCAGCCAGAUUGUGUACAAUUACAAUCCCGAAAAGACAAAAAAGGAUUCAGGGUGGCGGUCGGCCAUUUGCCCAGAUUAUUGUCCUAACAUGUAUGAAGAAAUGGAAACAUUAGCCAGUGUGCUUCAGUCAGAUAUUGGUCAAGACAUGCGUGUUCAUAACAGCACAUUUCUAUGGUUUAUCCCUUUCGUUCAGUCCCUCAUGGAUCUUAAGGAUUUGGGUGUGGCUUAUAUAGUAGAAGUUAUUCAUCAUCUGCACUCCGAAGUCAAAGAUGUUCUCAACCAAAGAGAUGCUGUGUGUGACAAAGUCACUGAAUUUUUUCUUCUGAUUUUGGUGUCAGUGAUUGAACUGCAUAGAAAUAGAAAAUGUUUGCAUUUGCUGUGGGUUAGUUCCCAGCAAUGGGUAGAAGCUGUCGUAAAAUGUGCCAAGCUGCCUACCACUGCAUUUGCACGGAGUUCUGAGAAAUCACCGGGAAAUUGUGCCAAAGGAACCGCAAUGAUAUCAUCAUUGUCAUUGCAUUCAAUGCCAUCUAACUCUGUACAACUUGCCUGUGUACAGCUGAUUAGAAGUCUCCUUAAAGAAGGCUAUCAGCUUGGGCAACAAACUCUUUGUAAGCGAUUCUGGGAUAAGCUCAACUUAUUCCUUCGAGGAAAUUUAUCUCUAGGUUGGCAGCUGACUAGUCAGGAAACCCAUGAGUUACAAACUUGUCUAAAGCAAAUUAUUAGAAACAUAAAAGUCAAAAUACCUCAGUUUAACACUUUUGGAGAUCUGACUCUUGCAUGUAAAACUCCUCCUGCAUCUUAUAAUAAAGAAGAAAGUGAACAAAUAGGGAAGAAGUCUAAAAAAGACAUGCAUUAUCUGGAAAAUUCUAGCCCAACAUUUUCUAAAGAACCAAUGAAAACUGACGCAUAUCAAGUGCAAGAGAUAUUGAUCAAAGCAAGUAAAACUGUGGCAGAGAACAAUGAGCAAAACUAUGUAAAGGAUUCAAAACUAGAAGACUGUCUCUCAGCUGAAUCAUGCUUAAAGCAGACUAAAAGCCUUUUUACUGAAAGAGCUCAAGAUCAAGUUAAAAUAAAUACAGGGAAGCAGAAGUCUGUAAAAGAGAACUGUGCAUAUAUAGCACAGAAUUGUACUUCAAGAAAUGGUCCAGAAAGGGGAUGUGACAGAGGGGUAAUAAUACCAACACGUAUGUUGACUGAUUCUAGCAUUGAUUCCCUGGAAAGGGCAUCCACAUCAAAUGAGGAUUUCUCUUUAAAGGAUGAUGCUUUUGGUAAAACCUCAGUACCCAAAACUAAGGCACAGAAGGAUGAAAUCUGUGCUAAGUUAUCACAUGUAGUAAAGAAGCAACAUCAGAAAAGUACUUUGGUCAAUAAUGCAGUCAAUUUAGAAGAAAACCUGAUUGUAUCUAACAUUGAGAGUCCCUGUUCAAGAAAAGAUACAGGAGAUCAGAAAGGGGAUGGCAUCAUACACAAUCUAGCUUUAGACCCUAAUGGUAUUCUGGAUGAUAAUAAAAGUGGAGGACAAAACUCUCAAAAUAGUUUAUUGCUGAAAAAUAAACAGUUAAAGAAUGAGAAAUUAGAUACUUUCUCUUCCCAUGAAAACAGUUGUCAGAUACAGGGAAGCCAUGUUGACAGUAAGGAUUUGAUCUCAUUUACAGAAGUGACCAAUACUUCAGUGCAGAAAAAGUCUUCCUUUAAAGAUACUGUGACUAUACUUGAAUCAAAGAAUAAGGAAAUGAGUAACAGUCCUAAUCAGGUUUCUUCUUUCUUGACAAGAGAACAGGCUUCUGGCAUCAAUCCUAAGUCUGAAACCUUAACAGAUUCUCAGAUAGACAGAGACCUCCACAAAUUGUCUUUAAUAGCUCAAGCCAGUGUUACUAAGUUUCCAUCUGAUUCAACUAAAAAAAAGGGCUCAUCCCAGCUGCAAAGAAAAGUAAAAGAUGAUAAAAGAUGUUUCACAGCUAACCAAAAUAAUGAAUCUACUUUUGUCAAGGAAUCUGGCUGUGGACAAAUUAUUGUUAUUUCAGAUUCUGAUGAUGAUGAUGAUGAUGAUGAUGAUGGUGAUCAAAGAAUUCUGGGUUUUGAGAAACACAUUAAAAAAGACAAAAUACGCAUUAAGAAAGAAUGUCCAGAGCAGCAUGCUUCGGUAGCUAAUACUGAUAUGGAAAAGAAGCUAAUAAAGGAGGAAACAACAACAUUUGAGGACUCUGAGUCUCAGAUUUUUGAGUUUGAAAGUCCAAGUGAGGUAUUUUCAGUUUGGCAGGACCAUAAACCAGUUAAGAAUUCAGUUCAAGAGGAUGCAGAAAAAUCAUGUUUGACUCAUAUAGCUGAUAUCACAAAUGAUUGGGAUUAUGAUACAGAUUAUGUAUCUGAAGAUGUUAUUAAAGAAGUAGCAGAGGGCAUUGAAGAACGUACAGAACCACAGAGUGAUAGUAUUUCUGUUGAAUUUUGUGAAAUUGAAGUAAAAUCUAAGAGAAAACGAUUUGAAAAACCUGUGGCUGAAGAUCCCCUAAGGCCUUUAUCUUCUGUCAGAAAUGAGAACCAGUCUGAUAUUCUUAAUGAGAGAGAUCUUACUGAAACUGAUUUUAAAAGUACAGAUACAAGGACUACAGCUCCAAAUUCAAGUGUUCAGAAAGCCACUGCGAUUUCACUAAAGAAGUCAUCUCCAAAGCUUCGUACUUACUCAAAACCCAUUAGGAAAGUCCCAGUUUCUAAAACUCCUAAGAAAACACAUUCAGAUGGCAAAAAAGGGCAAAGUAAAAGUUCGAAUUACAUAAGUUGUAGAACAACUCCUGCUAUAGUUCCACCAAAGAAAUUUCGCCAGUGUCCUGAACCAACUUCAACCGCUGAAAAACUUGGUCUGAAAAAGGCCCCACGUAAGGCAUUUGAUUUGUCUCAGCAAUCUUUAGAGUGUUUGUUUCAAUUACGUGAUCACGGCAAGACUGUUGGAGUAGUUGAUACCCGAAAAAAGGCUAAAUUAAUUGCUCCUCAGACGCUCUCUGUCAGAAAUAAUAAGAAACUGCUGACAAGUCAAGAUCUUCAGUUGCGAAGGCAGAUGAGACCCAAAUCACAACAAAGUAGACAAGGACUUGUUGAUUAUGAAACUACAGAUACUACAAAGGCAGGGCCAUGUGCAUCAAAUUUUGACACAUUCGUACCAGAAUCUGAUCGAUUAGAUCAUAGUCAUAAAGGAGGAACUGAGGUAAUUGCUAACAAUAAUGGAAAACAAUCAAUAACAUGCAAUUCUUCUGAACCAGAAACUAUAACAGCAAAAUAUGUUUCUCAGGUGGCUGAUGAUACUAGUCUUUUGAACCAGUGUGAUUCUGUAAUGUUAAAUGGGAGAAUACCAGCAAAUGAAAUAAUUGUUUCUACUUCAGAGGGCUCUUCUUUAGGUGGAGGUGAUCUCACAGUAUAUCAGUCUGAAGUGGCAGCUUUAAAAGAGGGAGAGCCUGAAUCUAACAGUGAUACAGAGGAAGAUAAUUUAUUUUUAACUCAGAAUGAUCCUGAAGAUAUGGAUAUGUGUUCACAAAUGGAGACUGCUACAGUCAUUGAAGUAGUUUAUGGAAAAGAUACAGUUCAGAUAGGAGACUCUGUAAAUCUGCUUCAGUUGGAAUCUUUGAGUAGCAAAAAGUGUAAGCACAAAGAUUGUGUUGAAACCACAAAAAACCAGAGUGACUACUGCUCAAGACACUCUGAAGCUAAAGCGGCAGAUGAAGGUGUAUUUCGUAAACCUGGCUUGCCUCUUUCUGCAUCUAAACCUUCAAGACCUUCAACUACUAAAAUUUUUAGCUCAAGUAGUACUUCACGAAACGCUAAUCUUUCCAAGUCUUUGGAAAAUACUUCAGCACUUCCACCAGCACUAAAAAAUAAAUCAAAUAGGGUGCAGUCUAUUGGGAAAGUACCACAGCCAGCCUCUCUGAUGUCUCAGAAGCCAGUGGGUGAAGGAAAGAGUCCGUGCAAUGUUCUUCUCUCUCAGACUCCAAAUAAUUCUAAUAGGCAAGGCUACAAACUUCCAUUUGGUGAAAGCAAGUCUUUUUUAGCUUCCUCUCCAGUAAACAUUCUCUCGUCAUCACAGUCCGUCUCUGAUACCUUCAUUAAAGAGAUCUUAAAAUGGAAAUAUGAAAUGUUUGUGAACUUUAAUCAGUGUGGGCCCCCAGCAAGUCUUUGUCAGUCCAUCUCGAGACCUGUGCCUGUCAGAUUUCAAGAUUCUGGAGAUUAUUUUAAUGUCUUUUUUCCUUUGAUGAUAUUGAAUACUUUUGAAACAGUGGCACAGGAAUGGAUCAGUUCUCCAAAUAAAGAUAAUUUCUAUCAAUUGCAUGUACGGAAAUUUCCUGCUGAUUAUACAAAAUACUGGGAAUUUGUGGUUCGUCUUGAGGAAUGUGAAGUGGCUAGACAGCUUCAUCCAAAGGAAAAUGAUUUGGUGUUUUUGGUUCCUGAAAGACUAAAUGGAGAGAACGAUACAGAAAGAAAUCUCAUGCAAGAUCCCCAUGAAUAUUAUUGUGGUUAUGUUUAUAAAUUUCGUCGCACGUCAGUCAUGCGUAAUGGGAGAUCUGAGUAUUCUGUUGCCAUCCAGACUCAAGACAGUUUGCCGGUCAGUUUAAAUGAACUUGUGAAAUGCAUUGUAAUCAGUUCUCUGGUAACUACACAAAGGAUGUUAAAAGCCAUGUCUCUGUUGAGUGGUCGGAACCAACUGGCCAGAGCUGUUCUGAAUCCAAACCCCAUGGACUUUUGUACAAAAGAUUUACUAACUACAGCGUCUGAGAGAAUUAUAACCUACUUAAGAGAUUUCAAUGAAGACCAAAAGAAAGCAAUAGAAACUGCGUAUACGAUGGUGAAACAGUCACCGUCAGUUGCCAAAAUCUGUCUGAUUCAUGGACCACCUGGAACAGGAAAAUCAAAAACUAUUGUUGGCCUUCUAUACCGCCUACUGACAGAGAACCAGAGAAAGGGACAUUCAGAUGAAAACUCCAAUGCCAAAAUCAAACAAAACCGUGUUCUUGUUUGUGCGCCUUCCAAUGCAGCUGUUGAUGAACUUAUGAAAAAAAUUAUCCUCGAAUUCAAGGAAAAAUGUAAAGACAAGAAGAAUCCUUUGGGAAACUGUGGAGAUAUAAAUUUAGUACGACUGGGGCCAGAAAAGUCUAUUAAUAAUGAAGUCCUAAAAUUCAGUUUGGACAGCCAAGUUAACCACAGAAUGAAAAAGGACUUACCUUGUCAUGUUCAGGAGAUGCAUAAAAGAAAAGAGUUUUUAGAUCAUCAACUAGAUGAACUUUCCCGCCAGCGUGCUUUGUGCCGAGGUGGAAGGGAAGUACAGAGACAAGAAUUAGAUGAAAAAAUUGCCAAAGUUUCAAAAGAAAGGCAGGAACUUGCUUCCAAAAUUAAAGAGGUUCAAGGACGCCCACAGAAAACACAGAGUAUCAUCAUCUUAGAGUCCCAUGUCAUCUGCUGCACAUUGAGCACAAGUGGUGGUUUACUACUUGAGUCUGCUUUUCGUGGGCAAGGGGGUGUUCCGUUCAGUUGUGUCAUUGUUGAUGAGGCUGGACAGUCUUGUGAAAUUGAGACUCUUACUCCGCUCAUCCAUCGUUGCAACAAGCUUAUCCUGGUAGGAGAUCCUAAACAGCUCCCUCCCACGGUCAUUUCUAUGAAAGCACAGGAAUAUGGCUAUAACCAGUCGAUGAUGGCUCGCUUCUGCAAGCUGCUGGAGGAGAACGUAGAGCACAAUGUGAUCGGCAGACUGCCUGUUUUACAGCUCACUGUUCAAUACAGGAUGCACCCAGACAUAUGUCUCUUCCCUUCUAAUUAUGUGUAUAACAGAAACUUGAAAACAAACAGAGUGACUGAAACCAAUCGAUGUUCAUCAGACUGGCCAUUUCAGCCUUACCUUGUGUUUGAUGUCGGAGAUGGUUCAGAAAGACGGGAUAAUGACUCAUAUAUUAAUGUUCAAGAAAUAAAAUUGGUGAUGGAAAUAAUUAAACUUAUUAAAGACAAAAGAAGGGAUGUUACUUUCCGAAACAUUGGCAUAAUAACCCAUUACAAGGCUCAGAAGAUGAUGAUUCAGAAGGAUUUGGACAAAGAGUUUGAUAGAAAAGGACCCGCAGAAGUAGAUACUGUGGAUGCCUUCCAGGGUCGUCAGAAGGAUUGUGUUAUUGUUACAUGUGUCAGAGCAAAUGCCAUGCAAGGCUCAAUUGGAUUCCUGGCAAGCUUGCAGAGAUUGAAUGUCACCAUUACGCGAGCCAAGUACAGCCUCUUCAUCCUUGGACAUUUGAGAACUUUGAUGGAAAAUCAACAUUGGAAUCAUCUGAUUCAGGAUGCUCAGAAGCGUGGUGCCAUUAUUAAGACCUGUGACAAAAACUAUAGACACGAUGCAAUGAAGAUUCUGAAACUGAAGCCUGUACUACAGAGAAGUGUGACUCACCCUCCGGCUAUAGCCCCAGAGGUGGCCCGACCCCAGGGCGACCUGCCCAGCAACAAGCUAGACAGUGGACUCGCCAAGACAUCUUAUUCUUCUUCUCUUUGUCACAGUCCCUUUGACUCCAGGGAAGCUACUGUUCCUGUUACUUCAAAGGACCCUGAAAGGCCUCCUGUUCAGGACCGACUUCGGGACCCACGACUACUUAGGAGAAUGAGCUCUGAAGCCAUAGCGAAAUUGCUGAGAGAUGCACAAUCUUUGAGCCCCCAGCAUUCUGGGGCAACAUCUCCUAUGGGAGAGCCAGACUUUCCUAUAACUUACCAGGAUCUUGGUAGUAUUGUGCAGCAGUUCACUGCUAAAGUAGCCACUCCGAGCAACCACAAAUUUCACAUGCAGUGUGAACUUCCAGCUGCUAGUACUGAUGCUUCCACAAGUAAAAGAAAAUGUGAGCAGGAGGGAUGGCUCAGCCACAGAAGAGAGACCAGGUCUUUCAGUGAAGGGGAACGGGAAACAUGUAGCUCUGUGACCCAUCACACAGUGAGGAACUCUGACUGGGACAAGAGGAGACUAGAGAAGGAGGACAGUAGUUCAAAGAAAAGAAAGCUUUUAUAGUGAAGCUCAAUGACAUAAGCUAUCAGCCACAAGCACUACUGUAAACUUACGAUGACCAACUAAUAGGACCAUCCAGAUAAGAUUAUUUUUUUCUUAAAGGAGUUUGUGUGCUGUUGGAAAACAUGGAAAAUGUAUCCUAACACCUGAGGCUCUUGGUCAUCUUUAGUACUUUUUGUCAGUUGCAAAAACUUUCAGAGGACAUUUAUGUAUCAGUAAUAAUGUCCUUGAAGUCAGAGACUGGAAAUGUUGAAAAUGUAGAAAAGGAGGUCAAACUGAAGUGAAUGUUGUAAAAGUUGAGAUGUAUAUUUGUAUAGCAAACAACAAAAUCCUUUAAAAAUUUAAUCUAGUAGACCGCUUUUCUAUCCCCUGCUUAAAAUGUUAAUCAUUUUUCAACAGAGCAAACUUUAUUUUUAAAAAGAGUAGCGAGAGGAGGGCAGGUCCUUUCAACCAUUGUUAUGGCAAGACAGAUUUCUUUAACAGCCUGAGUUACUUGGAAUAAGCUUGUUAGUGCUACUGGGUCAGAUGUCUCUUGUUCUAUUUAAAAAACAACUAGAGUCUCCUGGGGAAGACUUUGGGAACUAUACAGUUAUGUUAGGUAAAGUUCUGCUGAUAUUGUACAUUUUUAAAUGAGGCACCUUGGCACAGGAUAUUAAAUUCCUGUGACAAGUUCAUCUACCUAUUUGAGUAAGCACCUAGUUCUCUCUCUGAAAUUCUUAUUGUUGACAAUAUCAAACACCCCUAGCCAGUUGUGAGCUGGUGUAUCAGUCAGUGGUUACCAAAUGCUAGCUUAGUUGCUUGUCAAGGCUUGCAGGUUUAGGUAGAGCCUGGGAAGCUGCAUGUUAAACACCUUCCCAAGAAAUUCUGGUCACCACACAGCUCAGGAACCACUGGGGCUGGCCAAAUAUAAUAUUUUAGGCAGGAAAGAAGCACUGUUUUUGAAAAGAGAAGGAUAGUGAAGAGGAGUAUAAAUACUUG